AAUGGGUUCUGAAGAAAAAGUAGGUGGAGUAGUAAACUUUCUAAGCGAAAUGCUCCAACCAGAGAACUCUGACACGAGCUAUUCAACACAAGCUCGUAUUAAUGAGAUUGAUAGAUGUAGGAGCCCAACUGAAGCUACGAGCCGAAAUGAACCUAUUGUAGCUGAAGGAGAUGGUGAGAGUGGAGUAGCUCCAACAAAUAAUAUGACGAGCGGCGUGUUGUCUACAAAUAAUGGUGGGAGCGAAGUAGCUCCAGAAAAUGAAGAGAGUGAAAUAGUCACAAAAAUUGAUGAGAGUAAUGUCAUCCCGAAUAACAGUGGUCAAGAAGUAGCUCCGAAAAAUGAAAAGAACAAAGUAGUCACAAUAAAUGAGGAGAGUCUAAAUGUACUGAAUAACAACGGUCAACAAGUAGCACUGGAAAACGAAGAGAGCAAAGUUGUCACGGAAAGCAAUGAUAUCACAAUUGUCCCGAAUAACAGUAAGAGCGAAGUAGCUCCGGAAAGUGAAGAGAGUGAAAUAGUCAUAAAAAUUGAUGAGAGUAAUGUCAUCCCGAAUAACAGUGGUCAAGAAGUAGCUCCGAAAAAUGAAAAGAAUGAAGUAGUCACAAUAAAUGAGGAGAGUUUAAAUGAUCUGAAUAACAAUGGUCAAGAAGUAGCCCUGGAAAAUGAAAAGAACGAAAUAGUCAUAAUGGGUGAUAAGAUCACAAUUGUCCUGAAUAACAGUGAGAGCGGAGUAGCUUCAACUAGCAAUGUGACGAGCGGCGUGUUGUCUACAAAUAAUGAUGGGAGCGAAGUAGCUCCAGAAAAUGAAGAGAGUGAAAUAAUCACAAUAAGUGAUGAGAGCUUAAUUUUCCUGAAUGACAGUGGUCAAGAAGAUCCAGAAAAUGAAGAGAGUGAAAUAAUCACAAUAAGUGAUGAGAGCUUAAUUGUCCUAAGUGACAGUGAUCAAGAAGUGGGUCCGGAAGAUGGAGAGAGUGAAAUAAUCACAAUAAGUGAUGAGAGCUUAAUUGUCCCGAAUAACUAUGAUCAAGAAGUAGCUCCAGAAAAUGAAACGAACGAAGUAGUCACAAUAACUGAGGAGAGCUUAAUUGUCCCGAAUAACGAUGAGAAUGUAGUAGAUCCAACAGAUCAUGGUGCCAGUCCAUCGAAUCAACAGUGUGCUAAUGUAAAAUAUGAACCAGUUAAUUUUAAUGCAGUUUCAUACAUGAAUGAUACAAAUGAUUGUGCUUCUCCUGUUUAUCAUUGGUGUCUUCCUACAUCCUGCCAAUAUCGCUCGAAAUUUGAAAAGUUUGGUUCUGGGGGUAACUCGCCAAUCAUCUUGAAUCAUCAGUCAACAGGAUGUAAGAACUCUGAGCAGAAAAGCAAUUUCGACGGACUGAGCCAUGAACGAUUGACUGAAUGUUUAGAUGUAUCCGCUGAUGCUUUCCCUCAAUCUGUAUAUCUGAGAUUUAACGGUAUACAACAUUGUUUAUGUUGUCGGUUAAAUUCUCAGAUGUUCUGUGGCUUUGAAUUUGACAACGAAACACGUGAAACAGCACUCUCAACCACAAUAAAAGAGGAAGACUUGCAGAGAAUGAUGGGAUUAUCUCCUCAAAACUCUCCACAGACAAAAGUCGGAUUAGACGAGGACGUAUCCGCUGGUGAUUGCAGUAUUCAUUGCGAGAGUCUGGAAUUUGACAUUGAUACUGCUACUGCAUCUGAAGCCUCAGGUUGUGAUAAAAAAUUCAUUUCUUCUCUUAAUUUAAAAUUUAAAAUUUUAGAAUCAUUUAGUCUUAACAACUCACAAGACAGUUCUGAAACUGAAGCUGCGAAAGUUGACGAGGACGAAUCAGACCUAAUUAAAAAAUCCUCAGACACUUCUCCCUUUUAUUUGCAACAGUGUGAUUAUGACUUUGACGAAGAAAUCAGGCGAGCAACUGAGAAUAGUAAAAUAACCCACCGUGAGGAAGAAGAAAAACGUAAUAAUCAAACUUUAACCUCUAAUCUUAUAGACUUUAGUCCAUCACCAACUCGUACUAGAGGUUAUAAUUUUGACUUGAGUGAAAUUGGAACUAGACAACCUUUCGUUCCCUUCCCUUGCCCCAAUAAAAGUCCCAUACCUGCCGAUAACGAUAAAGAACUGAUAGAUUUUUUCAAUGAUAUUGAUAGUCUAAGCAUAAAUUGUUUUGAUCCUCUUGGUGGAGACGAUAGGAAACAAUUGGAGAAAUACGAACAAACCUAUCUGCGAAAACCCUCUGAAGCGAGUUCAACAAAUUCUACUUGGGUAGGAGAUAUUUUUGAACCCUCUUUUCUACAAGAAUUAAAUAGAGAACAAAGUGAAAAUUCAUCAAGGAAGAGUAUAACAAACGAAGUAAAGGGAGGAAUUACUGAUGAAACUGUAAAGAGAGAAGCACUUAGAAGAGAAGAAGAACUUUUUGAGCGGUAUGAACGAAAGCGUUCAUUGUUGAUAGAAGAAUCGAAUUUGGACUUAUUGGUAGAUCUUUCUGAUAGAAAUGUCUCAUCUCAGGAUAUAUUCAAUAUCAUUACGAAAAGAAUUCAACAAGAAUCCCUAAGAGACGAGAAUAGUAAAUAUGCAAGGAAUGGUUUGGUUAUAGGAACAUAUCGUAAUAUCAAAAGACAGCAUAGAGGAAUGACAAUUAAGAUAACAAUUUAUUCGGAUUUUGUUGAGAAUGGUCAAGUAUCUUUUACUUCCGAUCUUUGCGAUUCUAUUCAAGAAGUUCUAAGAACAUGCUUCUCAAGGAUGACAACCCAAGAUAUUUUAAAUAUUAAUAUCAAUCGUUAUUUCCUCAAAGUUGAUGAUAGAUUUGAAUUCCUGCCACCUUCUAGUGAUCUGCAAUUGGCUCAAUUUGAUUAUGUACAUUAUUGCCUAACUUAUAAUCAGGAUAUUGUUUUUAGACUAAUAUGCGAGAAUGAAAUUCAAUCCGAUUUAAGGUUCAAGGGAGUUGAUAGAGAUGCAAAAACCUAUAAUAUAAGAUCUGGCAGCAUUCGUAAAACGGAUAUAUUCAACGAAAAUCUAACCUGCAAUGAAAUAAAUAACUAUUUAAAAAGUUUAUACGAAACUGUAAAGAAAAUAAAAGAGAUGACUGGCCAAAUGAAUAGUCCCGAUACUGAAUUUAAAAACAAAUAUGGAGAACUUUUUGAUCUAGUCGAUAAAUUUAAUAAGGAUAUGUUUAAACAAUAUCCAUCCAUUUUGGAAAGUGUUAAAUCGGGAUUAUUAAUUGAAUUGAAAAGACUUGGACAUAAAUUUUUAUCCGAUCUCGAUUUACUCGUGAAAGUAAUGAAGAAUUUAGUUAGUGUUUAUUGUCAAAUGAGAUGCUUGAAAUACGAUUUUAAAUCGAAUAUAAAUAAGAAAGAGAACAAAAAUCUUCCUUCAACUCAAUUUAAAUUAAAAAUUCCAGUUGCUUAUUUCCAUUCCCUUAACGGACGUGAUGGGAUAUUAUCUUACGAACUAUUUGGCCUGUGUUGUAAUAUUUAUUAUAACGGUAAAGAAUUACCGGAUGUUAAACGAGUAACAAAAUUUUCGCCUAGAGAAGGAUGCGGAGUAAUUUGGGACGAAGUAAUUAAUUUCGGUGUGCCUAUUAAUAAACUUCCAAGAGAGGCUAGACUUCAUUUUAGAUUGUUAGGAAAACGACGUCAAGAGCAAAGUUUACCUUAUACAUUAGCUUCGGGAAAUCUACAAUUGUUUGAUGAUAAAUUUAAAUUAAGACAAGGUCCUGUAGUUUAUGGUAUGUGGCCUAAAAUAAGAGAUAAUUAUGUCACACCAACUGGUACUAGCAUCUCGACAUUAGAAACUUCUGAUGCUAAACACUACGUUUUAGUUGAGUUUCAUUUCGAUGAAUUUCAAGAGUAUUGUAUCUUUCCCGAAUUUUUUCCCAACUCUUCACCCGAUUUGUUAAGCCAAAAUAACGACUAUAGCAUUCUAUGGAAGCAUAGAAAUUAUUUAUGCACAUUUCCAGCUGCAUUGCCUCUUGUUCUUCAUUCUUGCCCGUCUUGGUCACACGAUAAACUGUCCGAAUUGUACUCUAUGUUACAAGUGUGGCAACCUCCAUCACCCGAGCAAGCUGUACAGCUAUUAUUGCCGAUAUUUCAAGAUAGUAGGGUUCGGUCAUACGCAAUUGAACAGUUGUCAAAGUUAACUGGUGAUGAAUUAAGGGUACUCUUACCCCAAUUAAUCCAGGCAGUGAAAUUUGAAAGUUAUCAUCAUUCGGAAUUAGUUGAAUUUUUAUUAGCGCAAUCUAUACAAAGUAUUCGUUUUGCUCACGAUCUUUAUUGGCUAUUAUUCCGAGAUGGUCAGGAUGGUGGAUUUAGACCUAGAUACGAAUUAUUAUUUGGAGCUUUAAUAUCCAUUAUAUCACCAGGUUUGCAGAGUGUUUUUAAAGAGCAAGAGAGAUAUGUGAAAAUAUUAGCUGGAAUUGCGCACGACGUUAAAAGAUGCCAAAAGGAUGAGAAGAGAAAAGAAUUACUUCAGAAUAAAUUAUCUCAUCAGGAUAAUUUUCUAAUUCAUCUACCAUUAAACGUGGCCAUGAGAGUAAAUAGUUUUGUGAUAAAGGAUUGCGACUUUUUCCGUUCGAAGACCUUUCCCAUAAAAUUAUGUUUUAAUAACGUCGACAAUCCGUCGAAUAGUAUUAAUGUUAUAUUUAAAGAUGGCGACGAUUUAAGACAAGAUACGCUGGUUAUGCAAUUAAUCGACGUUAUGGUUCAAUUAUGGCGAAAACGAGGAUUACACUUGCCAGUGGUUACCUUCCGGUGUUUGGCAACAACUAAGAAUAAAGGAUUAAUUGAGUAUAUAACUAACUCGGAAACCUUGGGAAGUAUACAUAAAUCCUUUGGAAUUGUAACAGGACCUUUCCAAGAAAAUUCUAUUUUGAAAUGGCUUCAACUCCAAAACAAUCAACAGAUACAUUUCGAACAGGCUGUGGACAAUUUUCUAAAAUCAUGCGCUGCCUACUGCGUUGCAAUGUACGUUCUGGCGGUUGGCGAUAGGCAUAACGACAAUAUAAUGAUAAAGAAAUCUGGCCAAUUAUUUCACAUUGACUUUGGAAAAUAUCUUGGCGAUACUGAAAAAUUUUUAAAUCAAAUUAAUAGGGAUAGAGCUCCUUUUAUCUUUACACAGGAGAUGAAACAAGUAAUUAAUCGGGGUAGUGCCGAUACGGAAGAAUUUCAAAUAUUUAUCGAUUAUUGCUGCGAUGCAUUUAAUAUUUUAAGACAAGAGCAAUCAUUACUUCUGAGCUUAUUUGCUAUGAUGUCAAGGUCAGGAGUACCCAAUGUUGACGAUAAUUCGUUACGUUUUAUACAUCAACAAUUGAACUUUAUGUUCUACGAUUUAAAGAAACGAGAUGCUAAAGAUAGAAUAAGCGAUGAUGCUGAAGGAGCUUUCUAUUUUACUCAAUUAAUCAGAGUUUCGUUGGGAGAUAUAUCCGUAUCUUUAAACUUUCUCGUUCAUAAUUUGGCCAAUUCAAGAGUUACGUCUACAAACGAUAGCUAUUUCUCAUUUCAACCUAAGAAAUACACCAUGAGAGAAGAAGGAAAAAUUACAAGAGUACAAGUAAAUAGUAUUAGAAAAUUAAAGUCGGAAGAUAAAAAGGAAGAGAAGCUUUAUUUUGUUUUGGCUGUGGAAAGAGAACAACAAUGCACUCCGAAUUAUGUAUUUAGAAAACUAUCCGAGAUAAAGCAAUUACGUAAUAAAUUGACAGAAAACUACUCAGAUAUGGAACGCUUUAUUCCAGAUUUUGCAGUACCGUCUAUCUUGCCAAAAAGCAUUUUUGCCUCGAAAGAAUCAAUCUAUGGAGAAAAUAGAAGAAAAGUAGAGAUUUUUCUAAAUUUACUAUUCAUGGAGAAACGUUUCGUAAACGCCGCAACAAGCGAUAUUACGCAUACAUUCUUCCAUCCGACUCUUUUAGACGAAACUAUAGCGUCCGAAACUUAUCAGCAAAAUGCCUCUUCCUAUCUUCAUGAUAUAAGGCCAAAACCUGAACAGCGAGGUAGUCUUGGACAGAUAAAAUUCUCUGUUUACUAUGAAAAGAAUACGCUAAAAAUUUUCAUACAGCACGUUAAACUUUGCGGUAAUUUCUUAGGCUCGGGACAACCUAAUCCCUAUGUUAAAACAUAUCUUCAACCUGAUCCGGGAAAAAAGUCGAAGAUUAAGACAUUUGUCGUUCCUAAUUCAUUAUUUCCAACGUAUAAUUCAAUUUUACACUACGAAAGAAGUAGAGAGUAUUUAAGAACCAAAGCUCUCUGGAUAGCCGUAUGGAAUCAUACAACAUCCCAACAUUAUUGUAUAGGCGGUCAUCAAAUGGAUUUGAAUUGUGAUUUGCCCAGUCAUUAUGUGCCCAGUCAAUGGUAUCCUCUUGAAGUUAUGAUGUACUCAUAA